GAAUCCAAUAUGGCAGCGUCCUUGAUAAACAUGUUUUCACUGUUGUGAAGUGUCCGACAUGAGUCGGUCAUGCAAGUUGCAGUUACAGUGGAGGAUUUAAAGCUGUCAAGAUAAUACUCUUCUAACACAAGAUGGAUAGAAGAGAAUUCACCGCAUCUCUUGUGGCAGGUGGCUGUGCAGGGAUGUGUGUCGACCUCACCCUCUUCCCUCUGGACACUAUUAAGACCAGGCUGCAGAGCCAGCAGGGCUUCUACAAGGCCGGAGGCUUCCGAGGCAUUUACGCAGGCGUCCCAUCGGCAGCCAUCGGCUCCUUCCCCAAUGCUGCAGCCUUCUUCGUCACCUACGAGAGCGCUAAGUCCCUGCUGGGCGUGGCCGUCCCACCGCACAUGGCACCUGUCACUCACAUGCUAGCCGCCUCCCUCGGAGAAAUAGUGGCCUGUCUGAUUCGUGUGCCCACUGAGGUAGUGAAGCAGAGAACCCAGGCGUGCCCCUCCACCAACACCUACCAGGUGCUAGUGGCGACACUCAGGCAGGAGGGUGUGAAGGGUCUGUACCGAGGCUACGGCAGCACAGUGCUCAGAGAGAUCCCCUUCUCUCUGGUGCAGUUUCCACUGUGGGAGUACUUGAAGGUAACUGUUCCCCAAUUCAUUUACUGUCCAUUAACUGUCUUUGUCUCUUUCUUUCUCUCUAUCACCCUGUCUUUUGCUCCCUCUCAUCUCCACCCCUCUAUAGUUAGUUCAAUGCAUUAUGCAUCUGGAGUGUUUAGUAACAUUUCAACACUGGACUACAAAAAUGAAUAUUUUUCUGAACAAUCUCUCUCUCUCUCUCUCUCUCUGUCCUUCUCUCUCUGUCCUUCUGUCAUCCACAGGCAGGGGACGAGCACAGCCAAUGGCAACAUCCCCCUGGUGCUGUGCGAGGUGUGGAGGAGUCAGGGGGUGACCGGGCUCUUUGCAGGAAGUAUUCCCAGGAUAACCUCCAUCAGUCUGGGCGGCUUCAUCUUCCUGGGGGCGUACGAGAAGGUGCGACGAACCCUGCUGUCAUGACUGGGCCCUGGGGAUGAUCACAGUUGAGCCCCCCCCCCUCCAUCCCAAAGCCAUUCUCCUAUGAGGAUCCCAGCCAGUCCCAGUUUAAGCUGGUCAGCCGUUUGGGGUGGUGUGGUGUGUGUGCGUGGGGGGGUGUAUUACUCGGGGCCAGGGGAUAGAUGGACACCUGGUGCCUGGAGAAGCAGCCCUCCUAUCACAUUACCGAGCGUAUUGCAUUCUUGGUCAUCAGUGCAAAGCAUAUUAGGUUUAACUGCUUGAAUUCCAGUUAUUUAACGGCACAGAUCAUUUUCACAUGGAUACCUCAAAUGACAGUCCUGUUCUGAGUAUGCUGAUUUGUGUGUAUGGUUCUAAAUUCAGCAAUAAAAUGCUGUUUUUUUUA